AUGCACGAUGAACAACGGCCUUGUCGGAGCGGCCGAGGGCGGAACCGCUCCCUCCCGCAGCUCUCCACGGCCUGGAACCGCUCGCUCCCGCCGCUCUCCACGGCCUGGAACCGCUCGCUCCCGCCGCUCUUCCCGGCCUGGAACCGCUCGCGCCCGCCCCUCUCCACGGCCUGGAACCCUCACGCCCGCCCUCUCCACCGCCUGGAACCCUCGCGCCCGCCCCUCUCCACCGCCUGGAACCCUCGCGCGCCCGCCCCUCUCCACCGCCUGGAACCCUCGCGCCCGCCCCUCUCCACCGCCUGGAACCCUCGCGCCCGCCCCUCUCCACGGCCUGGAACCCUCCGCGCCCAGCCCCUCUCCACCGCCUGGAACCCUCGCGCCCGCCCCUCUCCACCGCCUGGAACCCUCGCGCCCGCCCCUCUCCACCGCCUGGAACCCUCGCGCCCGCCCCUCUCCACCGCCUGGAACCCUCCCGCCCGCCCCUCUCCACCGCCUGGAACCCUCGCGCCCGCCCCUCUCCACGGCCUGGAACCCUCGCGCCCGCCCCUCUCCACCGCCUGGAACCCUCGCGCCCGCCCCUCUCCACGGCCCGGAACCCUCGCGCCCGCCCCUCUCCACGGCCCGGAACCCUCGCGCCCGCCCCUCUCCACGGCCCGGAACCCUCGCGCCCGCCCCUCUCCACCGCCUGGAACCCUCGCGCCCGCCCCUCUCCACGGCCCGGAACCCUCGCGCCCGCCCCUCUCCACGGCCCGGAACCCUGGCGCCCGCCCCUCUCCACCGCCCGGAACCCUGGCGCCCGCCGCUCUCCAUGGCCUGGAACCCUCCCGCCCGCCCCUCUCCACCGCCUGGAACCCUCGCGCCCGCCCCUCUCCACGGCCUGGAACCCUGGCGCCCGCCCCUCUCCACCGCCCGGAACCCUGGCGCCCGCCGCUCUCCACGGCCUGGAACCCUCGCGCCCGCCCUCUCCACCGCCUGGAACCCUCGCGCCCGCCCCUCUCCACGGCCCGGAACCCUCGCGCCCCGCCCCUCUCCACGGCCCCGGAACCCUCGGCCCGCCCCUCUCCACGGCCCGGAACCCUCGCGCCCGCCCCUCUCCACGGCCCGGAACCCUCGCGCCCGCCCCUCUCCACGGCCCGGAAACCCUCGCGCCCGCCCCUCUCCACGGCCCGGAACCCUCGCGCCCGCCCCUCUCCACCGCCUGGAACCCUCGCGCCCGCCCCUCUCCACCGCCUGGAACCCUCGCGCCCGCCCCUCUCCACCGCCUGGAACCCUCGCGCCCGCCCCUCUCCACCGCUGGAACCCUCGCGCCCGCCCCUCUCCACCGCCUGGAACCCUCGCGCCCGCCCCUCUCCACCGCCUGGAACCCUCCCGCCCGCCCCCUCUCCACGGCCGGAACCCUCGCGCCCGCCGCUCUCCACCGCCUGGAACCCUCGCGCCCGCCCCUCUCCACCGCCUGGAACCCUCGCGCCCGCCCCUCUCCACCGCCUGGAACCCUCCCGCCCGCCGCUCUCCACGGCCUGGAACCCUGGCGCCCGCCGCUCUCCACGGCCCGGAACCCUCGCGCCCGCCGCUCUCCACGGCCCGGAACCCUCGCGCCCGCCCCUCUCCACCGCCUGGAACCCUCGCGCCCGCCCCUCUCCACCGCCUGGAACCCUCCCGCCCGCCGCUCUCCACCGCCUGGAACCCUCGCGCCCGCCCCUCUCCACGGCCCGGAACCCUCGCGCCCGCCCCUCUCCACCGCCUGGAACCCUCGCGCCCGCCGCUCUCCACGGCCUGGAACCCUGGCGCCCGCCGCUCUCCACGGCCUGGCUUACGACAGAAGCCGGGUCGGGAGUUUUCUUUGCACGGUGCUGGCAAGCACUCUGCCCGCAGCGACACCCUGCCGAGGCGGGGUCUUCAUCUGCUUCAGCGUCCCAGGCGCUGUCACGUCGCAUGUGA